CCGGCCGUACAUUACUUACCUGGCUCGCGUACCUGCCAACAACUACUCCUUUCAUCUUUCUCUUCUUCCAUCCCCCGAUGCACUGUAUGCGUCGUCGUGUCCUUUUGCCUGUUGUUUUCCUUACUGCGCGCCCGCGUGUGUGUGUACGCGUGCGCGUGUGUCUCGUCGACGUUGCAGCUUAUCACGGUUACCUGCGACUUGGGCAGUAGGACAGCAGCCCGGGUUCCCGUGAUCUCGUGUCCAUCCCCAGGUGCAACAACAGUCGUACCGUGCAUCGUGACACCGUGGACGGGAAGAGAGAAAACGGGGACUUGGUGCUGUCGCGGGGGGCCCUUGGUCAUUCUAAGCACGGGCCUGACUCGCGCGCACCACUAUAGUCCAGUAUACAUUAACGGCACGCGCUCGGGGACGAGUUGCCUGACUCCGUUCCUCUGCGCGGCGGCCUACUAACCCGACCUUGGCUCCGACCGACCAGAUGAAGAAAAAACGAGGAGAGCGGUCGGCGUGGCUACGUAUUGGUGAAAUGUGAGCGAGGCAAAAUCGGAGCACAGAUGCCUAUCAAGGUCUGGUCGCGUCACCAGUGGCCACCCCAAUUCCCCCUUGAUAUCUUAUGGAUGCCGCGUCCUGCGAUGAGGCCGGCCGACUGCGAUGCGCCGUCCGACUGCAUCCUGGUGGUCGGCGUUUCCCGGCCAAAGCUCGCCGCGGCCUUCCUCACAGUGGCCCUGCUCUCCCUCUUCCUCACCUUCCACAUCCUCUACGACAGCGCCGUCUACAGCCUCCGCGCCGCGGCCCAACAGACCAACGACGUGCACCUCGAGCUCCUCGAUCCCCUCGGCACCACCGAACGGACCCCCCUUCCCUCUGCCUCGGUGUUCAGCGGCAACCACCCGGUCCCCAAGGCCCACUUUCCUCGCACUAAUCGCCAACUACCCCAGGCCAUCAUCAUCGGGGUGCGCAAGUGCGGCACUCGGGCCCUCCUCGAGAUGCUGUUUCUCCACCCGCAGAUACAAAAGGCCGCGGGCGAGGUCCACUUCUUCGACCGGGACGAGAACUUUGACAGGGGCCUCGAGUGGUACCGCAAGAAGAUGCCCUUCUCCUUCCACGGGCAGAUCACCAUAGAGAAGAGCCCCAGCUACUUCGUCACCCCCGAGGUGCCGGAGCGCAUCCACGCGAUGAACUCGAGCGUCAGGCUGCUGCUGAUAGUCCGCGAGCCGGUGACCCGCGCCAUCUCGGACUACGCCCAGCUACGGAGCCACGCGGCAACGACAGCCUCGCCGCUCCCCAAUGCCAACUCCACGGCUCUCCAGCAGCGCAGCUUCGAGGAACUAGCCAUACGAGCCGACGGCAGCGUCAACGAAAACUACCGACCCAUCUCCAUAAGCAUGUACCACGUGCACAUGCGCCGUUGGCUGUCGGUCUUCUCCCGCCGGCAGAUCCUCGUGGUGAACGGCGACCAGCUGAUAGACGACCCCGUGCCCCAGCUCAAGCGCAUCGAGAGCUUCUUGAGGCUCGAGUCGCGCAUCGGUAGGCACAACUUCUACUUCAACCGGACUAAGGGCUUCUACUGCAUGCGCGACGACACCGAGGAGAAGUGCCUGCGCGAGAGCAAGGGCCGCAGGCACCCACGGGUCAGUCCUACGGCCAUGGCUGCCCUGCGUGGCUUCUUCUCAGGGCUCAACCGGAUGUUUUACGACCUCAUCGGCGAGGAUCUCGGCUGGCCCGAACAAUGAGUCUCUCCUACUCCGCACCCACGACCCGAAUAACAUUCGCUAUAGAUUACUCUGGUCUCUCUGUGUCCGUUCGACCACUACCUCCGGUUCGACUACCUGUAUAUAACGUUAUAUGUACACCCGCGCGCCGAGCUAGGGGGUGCGCUCUUUUGCUUUUCCGAAGCAACCCGAGCGUGUGAACGUCGAUUUUUAUUGGCGCGUCUUGCGAAUAAUAUCCAUACGGCUGAGUCUGCUUUUCCCUCUCUCUCCCUCUGUCUAUAGCCACGUGCAUCAGGGUUCUCGGGAUUUUUCGAAAAUCCCGUACUCGGCGCUGGUAAAUCAAGUGCAGUAACGGGGAUCGGAUGCGAGGAAGAGGGGA